AUGGUGCGCUGCCUUGCCCGCGCCUCCGCCUCCGCGCCGGGCGCCGCCGCCAGGGUCGAGCUGAAGCGGAGGCUGUUUGACCUCUCCCACAGCGUCCUGAUGGAGAUCAUGGAGCAGACCAGGAAUACCUACUCCGACGACGCGGACGAGGACAUGUCCAAGGAGGCGCGGGAGAUGAAGGAGAUCAUCGAGGAGAUCAUCCCGCUUGUUGGUGUGGCCAACCGGAAGCUCGCGGACGUGGUUAAGCGAAGGAACCUGUUCUUCGACAAGAUGAUCGAUGCAGAGAGGCAGAAGCUGAAGCAGCUGGAACGCAAGAAAGGCGAGGUCGAUGCCAGUGACUCGGCGGACGAGAAGAUGGGCAUGAUCGGUGUCAUGCUGUCACUGCAGAAAACGGAGCCUGAUGUCUACAUGGACACCUUUAUCAGCGCUCUCGUGCCAAAUCUGCUCGGCGUCGGCACGGAGACGACCUCAACGACCAUGGAAUGGGCAAUGUCGCUCCUGCUUAACCACCCAGAUGUGCUAAAAAAGGCGCAGGAAGAAAUCGAGUCGAUCGUCGGAGGGGGUCGUCUUGUCGACAAGAACGACCUUCCCCGUCUGCCGUACCUCCACUGCAUCAUCAGCGAGACGCUUCGCCUCUACCCGGCCGCGCCGAUGCUACUGCCGCACGAGGCGUCCACCGACUGCAAGAUCCACGGGGACUGCAAGAUCCACGGGUACGACGUCCCGGCAGGGUCGAUGAUCCUUGUCAAUGCGUACGCCAUCCACAGAGAUCCGGCGACAUGGAAGGACCCGGAGGAGUUCAGGCCGGAGAGGUUCGAGCACGGCAGAGCAGAGGGGAAGUUUAUGAUGCCAUUUGGGAUGGGGAGGCGCGUGUGUCCCGGUGAGAAUCUCGCAAUGCGAACCAUGGGGCUGGUCCUGGGGGCGCUGCUCCAAUGCUUCGAUUGGACCAGGAUUCGGGAUGCGGAAGUUGACAUGGCAACAGCCACUGGCACCAUCAUGUCUAAGGCUGUCCCGCUGGAAGCUCUGUGCAAGCGACGAGCGAACAUGUCUGCUGUUCUUCAGAAAAUCUAG